AUGAUUAUAGUUCAAGAACGGGUGAGUACAUCUGCUAAUAAUAAUAAUUACCUUAGAAACUGUAAUUUAACAGACAGGGAUCCUACAACAGGCUUUUUAACUUUACCAAUUUUUGAUGAAAGUAUUAUUUCUGAUGAUACUAUGAAUGAAAAUAUAAUUAACUCUAACGGAGUUAUGGUUGCAGAUAUGAAUGUGAAUAUAGAUAUACCAGUUGACAGAGAGAUAAUAAAUAAUGAAGAUAUACAGCAGAUCGGUACAGUAGCCCUUUCAAAAUCUAGCACAAGAAAGGAAGUUAAGAAUGUGACUAAAUGGAAAAGAGUUGCCACUAAAAUUGCAAGGCUGAAAGGUUCUCCCUAUCACUCAACUGUAGCUAAAAAAAGAACUGAAAUAGACGGUCUCGAUACUUGUAAUGAUUGCGAUGCAUUUGAGAGAAAGCUAUUAGAUGUUGUGGGUAAAGAACUGAAAAGAAAUAUAGUAAAAGAAAAGGAAAUUCACGUCAAGGCUGCUGAAGAAAGAUAUUACUUGAAGAGUAUUGAUAAAAAAGAAGCAGAAGCAAGUUUGGGUGAAAUAAGGGACUGA